GUCUACGCUUCAUAUUCAUUUUCUAACCUAAGAUAUUUACAGUGUAAAGUGCUUGUUUUUUUAUUUGUAUAAACAUUUUAUAAAGUUUUAAAAUUGUUAUUCCUUACUAUUUAUUUGAAGAAUUAGUUUAUAAUAUUAUUUUUCUGGGUAAUUUAUGCUCAGCAUGUAGUUAUUAAAAUCAUUAAUAUGUUAUUGGCUUAUUUAUGGAAAGAGUAUGACUGGAGAUAUAGAAAUAAGUGUAAAGAGAAAACAGAGAAUCGAAAAUAAAAAGAAAAAAAUGGCUGCAUUGUUAGAUAUAGUUAAACUUAAUGAAUACGAUAGACAGAAAAACAAAAACAAUAAAACUGAACAUCCUGAUGCUCAGGAAGAUAUUGUGUGCACGAUAAACACCGAGGGUAUAACAGAAAUUGAUCCUUCCCCUAAGAAAAAACUCAAAACUGAGGAAAUAGAGUUGGGUCCUUCAGGAAAACCAAAAUUACAAGGCAUAGAACUUGCAGAACUUAAAAAAAUGCUUAGGGAGAAAACUUCCAAAAUUAGACAGGCCCCAAAGCUUUAUCUAAGGGAUGUUGGUAAAAAUGCCAGUCUAGCCGUUGAUUUAGAAAGCAGAUGUCCCUUGUUUUUAUCAGAUAUUCAGCAUUUAAUUAUGUAUUCUCAAGUGGGAGUGCAUUCACCAUAUUCACCAGCCAGAUGGUGUGGUUUAGAGAAGUACAAUAAAUUAAUGAAUGUAACAAUGUUAAUCAUUGAAAAUAUAUCUUUGUAUCAUUAUGAAGCUUUUCAAAGUCAAUUUGAGUUUAUGAAGUCGAAUUUUUACCAUAAAAUUGAGGUGGUUAGUCCUCAUUCUUACAAUGAUGACAUUGUACAAGAAUUGUCUAUGGUUCCCCUAUCAGCCACUCAAAUGCGUAAAUUGGUAACUGAAUAUGGAACAUUAGAAGAAGCUACAAAACUAUGUGGCGAAGUAUUCAACACUGUAAAUAAUUUCUUUCCUAUUGAUUCGGAUGAUCAAAGCACAAAGGCCCAAAUUGAUGGUUUACCAUCGUCAGACAAAUUUCCAAGAACGCAUUUAUUGUUAUCUGGCUGGCAAAUGAUUGAAGAAAAUUUUCCUUUGCCCAUUAAAGGUUUGGCAGAAAGAAAAUAUUCUGGUUAUAGACUGACAAAAAAGAAAUAUAAACAUGUUAGUCCUCAUAGUCCACUGAUAGCUAUCGAUUGUGAAAUGUGUAAAACUGAAACAGGCGAUUUGGAAUUAACCAGGGUAUCAGUUGUCAACGAAAAACACGAGGUCAUAUACGAUAGUCUAGUAAAGCCGGAAAACAAGAUCGUUGAUUAUUUAACGAGGUUUUCUGGUAUAAAUUCAAAAAUGUUGAGAAAUGUAACGAAAAAAUUGAGGGACGUGCAAGAUGAGUUAAGUGAACUGAUACCGGACGAUGCUAUUUUAGUUGGACAGUCUCUGUCCAACGAUUUACAUGCCUUGAAAAUGAUGCACCCAUAUGUUAUAGAUACAAGUGUGAUCUAUAACAUAACCGGCGACAGAAUCAGAAAAACGAAACUGCAAACCUUGGCUAGAGAAUUCCUAGACGAGAAAAUCCAGGCUGGCCACCAAGGCCAUUGCAGUUCCGAAGACAGUUUGGCUUGUAUGAAACUAGCCCAAUUAAAGCUUGGAAAACACUUAUUUUUCGGCGACGCGGUCAUGAGUUCGGUCCGUAGCCGACAGAGGGCCUAUCCAGACAUGGGAACCGCCAAUUAUGCAACCAGCAUGCUAAAACAGUGCACCAAAAGCGGAAAUACCGCUAAUAUCGUUGCCGUGGACGAUAUAGCUAAUAAAUAUCGAUAUUAUAUCGAUAAGGACACUUCGAAACCGUUGAAAAACAUUAAUUGCACGAGGAAGGAUUCGAAUAAACAGGUGGUGGAACAUUUGUGCUCCACGAUCAACGAGCAUCAAUUAAACAUCGCUCAUUUGAGGAUCGCCAGUGACAAGAUUGACGAGAGCAGCUCGAACAAGGAGAAAAUAUUUAAAACUAUCGAUAAGUGGGUGUCCAAAGUGCACUCUGCGUCAAACUUACCGUCUCUGGUCGGGGUGAUGUUCAGCGGACAGAAAAACGGCGGCAACGGGUUGUGUUUUUUGCAUUUGAAACAGGAAUGGAUUGUAUAGAGCGAAGGAUAUGGUAAUUGCAUAGGUCUUUCCAUUUUUAUUUAUAUAUCACGUCAAUUUCUUGAAAUAAAACAUUGUUUUCUUUCUGUU